GUAUUAUGGUGUGGAAGUGUAAGGAAAAUAUGUACUAGUUUUUCAAGAACUUUCACAAACAUUCUCGGAACAAAAACUUGAAACAGAGAGAUGCGGAUAGCCUUGUUUUUAUUGUAGCCUUGUUUUUAUUCUUUGGAUUCGAUAAGCAUCCCAAAUCUUUCCUAAUUCUAUUGUAGCCUUGUUUUUAUUCUUUUUGCCUCGGCUACUCUUUCGUAGGUUCUACUCUUUUGUAAAGCCUAUUUUUCAUUAUAAUGAUAUUAACAUAUUUAGCAAAAAAAAAAAAAAGAGAUGCGGAGCAAGAAGAAACUGAAAGUUUUUCUUUACAAUACUCUAAGCUUAAAAACUGAAAAGUUUCAUUCGGCGUCCUAAUUUACAAGGUUUGGAACUUAUCAUUAGAGAAGGAUAAAGAACAGACCAGGAAACAAGACGAAUACGGCACCUAUGAUCCCCGGAGCGUGGCCAUUGCUCGGCCAUUUACAUCUAUUUGACACCGUAAACCCAACUCACGUUACGUUUGGGGCAAUGGCUGACGUCUAUGGACCGGUGUUCAUGGCAAAGCUUGGCUCUCUCAACGUCAUGGUCAUAAACAGCAAAGAGGUCGCCAAAGAGAUCUACACGGUCCACGACAAGCUACUAGAACGGCCAGAACUUACUGCGUCUAAGAUUCUUGGCUACAACGACUCGUUCUUGACCUUUAGUCCUUAUGGUCUUUACUGGAGAGAGAUGCGGAAGAUCGCAGCAUCCGAGCUUUUUUCGACCUCGGGAAUUGAUAUGCUCAUGUUUAGUAGAGCCCGUGAGGCUGACUUGGCAUUUGGAAAUUUAUACGGUAGGUGGGAGCAAAGAGGUAAGCCUAAAGAAGGAGUCUUGGUGGACAUGAAGCAAGAGUUCAUAGAUCUAACCGCGAACAUCUCAUUGAUGAUGGUCGCGGGGAAGAGAUACUUUGGUGAAUACCCUAACUGCGAAGUGAAAGAAGCUAGGAGAUGCGGGAAGCUGAUUCGCGAGUUUUUAGAUUACUUCUCACUAUUUUUGUUGUCUGAUGUGGCACCGGCUCUAGGUUUGUUGGAGUGGAAGAUCAAGAGAGGAAUGAAGAGAACGGCUAAAGAGUUGGAUAAAAUUACUGAACGUUGGGUUGAAGAACACAAGAACAAGAGGAGUGAUCACGGUAGGAGUGUAAAUGACUACUUGGAUAUACUCAUUGAGACAUUGGGACAAGACAAGAUUCCGGGUUUGAGCGAUACUCACACGAAAAUCAAAGCCAUCUGCCUCAACUUGGUAUUGGCUGGGAGCGAGACGGCCAUUGUGGUUCUGGUUUGGGCUGUAUCUUUGCUGUUGAACAAUCCGCAUGUAUUGAGGAAAGCUCAGGAGGAGCUUGACAGUAAAAUCGGAAAGGAGAGAGUUGUGGAAGAGAUAGAUAUCAAAGAUUUGGUUUACCUCCAAGCCAUUGUCAAGGAGACAUUUCGCUUGUAUCCACCAGUCCCUCUCAUUGCUUACAGAGAUGUGAUGGAAGAUUUCGACAUUGCAUGUUGCAACUGUCAUGUGCCUGCAGGGACACAAUUGAUGGUGAGUGCAUGGAAGAUUCAUAGGGAUCCAAGUGUUUGGUCCAUCCCCGAACAGUUCGAGCCAGAGAGAUUCUUGACAUCUAAUAGAGAAGUGGAUGUUGGUGGGCAGAGUUACAAGUUUUUUCCGUUCGGUUUGGGACGAAGGUCAUGCCCCGCGAUCCCUCUAGGUAUGAAGAUGGUGCACUAUCUCCUAGCUAGGUUUUUGCACAGCUUUGACUUGGCAAAACCAUCGAGCCAAGAUGUGGACAUGACAGAGAGCAAUGGAUUGGUCAAUCACAAAGCCACUUCUCUUGAAGUCUUUAUCACUCCUAGGCUUCAUAAAUCCCUAUACAAAGUUGAUCACAUAGGGAUUGAUAAUUAGUUCAUUGUUCGUUGGCCAUUGAGCUCAACAAAAAAUGUCGAGGUCGUUCCAUGAUUCCAAAUUUGUUAUGCUAUUUGUAAAAGAUUAAUGCCAUGAAAAUAAAAGUAUUUUGAAUA